AAAUUAUCUGACUAACCUUGCGACCAUUUUACCUUCAGUAAGUUAUAAGAAGGGUAAAAGACGUAUGAUCUCCGUUUUCUCUUUGCAGGGGUCAAAACUGGUCUACAACCAUUUGGCGACACUAUACUUCGUUUUUGUCUUUGACAGCUCUGAGAAUGAGCUUGCUAUGCUCGACCUUGUACAAGUAUUUGUUGAAACAUUGAAUAAAUGCUUCAAGAAUGUCUGCGAGCUUGACAUUGUAUUUAACUUCAACAAGCUGCACACAGUUUUGGAUGAAAUGAUACUGGGAGGUCAAGUGAUUGAAACAAGUUCAGAGGAAAUAAUGAGAUCUGUAGAAGAGAUUGCGAGGUUGGAGAAACAAUCAAGCACGACAAGCCUCAUACCAAAGUCGAUUUCGCAGCACUUCAGCCGCUGAAAUUUUCCAGUCGUUUUCAGGAUAGAAUCCGUAGGACCUUACCAGAAGAAAUCAGAUUGGUGUUUGAAUUUUUAUCUCCAGUAGCCUGUCAGUUCUCUGAAGUCUUGAGCAUCUGCUGUUCGACAUGAAAACUUAUUGGCCGACAUACAUGUCUCCUACCCA